AUGAAGUUUUUCGAGUCACAGCAUGAGUUCGAUUACUCGUGGGAGGAGGUGUCGACUGCAAAUUGGCGCAAGUACUGCCCGUGGAACGACAAGAGCACCCACGUUAUCGCCGUCGACACCAUUUCGCGUCACGUCGACCCGGACACUGGUAUUGUAAGUCUUUCUGCUGCAUUGCCUCACUUUCAAGACCAGUUGCUGACCUUCGUCUCANNGCUUCGCACCGAACGUCUCAUCACCUGCAAGCAAUCCGCACCCAAGUGGCUCAGCUCCUUCUUUGGUGGCCAGGAGGUCUCGCAGGUCUACGAGACCUCGUACGUCGACCCUGCCGCCAAGAAGGUCACCAUGUGCAGCAUGAACAUGACCUUCAACGAUCUCCUCUCCGUCCGCGAAACCGUCGUCUACCGUCCCUCGCCCGCCGGCCCUACCUCCCGCACAAUCUUCCAGCAAUCCGCCCAAAUCACUGCCUUCUGCGGCGGUUGGCAGAAGAUCAAGAACAGUAUCGAGGACUUUACCGUCGAGCGCUUCAAGCAAAAUGCCAUCAAAGGCCGUGAGGGCUUUGAGGCUGUGCUCGAGAUGAGCAGAAAGGUGUUUGCUAUGGAGAGAGAACGCCAGCGUCUUGCUCUUGCCGUUGCAUAA